AUGGAGGACGGCCGCGACCGCGGAGCGCGUAGUCGCCGCCCGCCCAGGCCCUUAACUGGUGCAUUUAGUGGCGAGCAAGUCGGACGUGGAGCGGAAGGUCCACCGAAUGGGGCUGCUGCUGAUGCGGCGACCGUGGUUCCUCCUAGUGACCCACAUCCCGACGGCGAGCGGAUGGACUCUGUUCAAGCCUCGGACGGCACCAUUCUUGAUUCGGUGAGGGAUGUAGGGAUGGAUCCUGGUGUAGGCGAUGUGUCCAUGUCAUCUCUACAGAGCGAGCCUCCCUUGCAGCAGGUAGGGGACGGUGGUACCGGUAUCACGCCGGACAACGAGGAUGAUGAUACCCCAACUGCCCCAAGAUCGCCGCCACGUAUUUUUCAAGAUGCGCGGCCAAUGAUGCCAAGCCCGUCCGCUUGGACGGGUAACACAGUCGAUGAGUUGAGAAAAGCUGCGGGCUCUCAACCCUCGCCGUAUGUUAACGAUGCUAACCUUCGUCUUUACGAGUGCGCGCGAAAGCGGUGCCGUCUUCGAAAGGACGGAUUUCAGCGCAGGAUGACGCCUAUUGAGGUGGAAACUCUUGAGGCUUGGCUUGGAGGCCAUCUACAGCUUGCUGGAGCGCCUCUAUUCCUCAGGGAGACUCAUGUGGCGGCCGAGCGAGAGGCUUUUGCUGUCCACCAGCGCUCUCGCCUUGUACACAAGCUUUAUGCUCGCCUUCCGGUCGGCCUUUUCCUUCCUGAUCUAGGCGCGCGGGGUAAAUUAUUUAGCCUGAUGCUUGCAGCUGCUGUGACUCCAGCGGCAAAGACUCGUGUCAACUCGCUCAUCAUGGAGCUUUCGCGCGUUGAGUGUUCGAGCCUGUCACCUAUUGUGGCUUUCGUCUUCAACGAUCGCCCUACGCUAGAUUCAUGGGCGAAGGCGGACCUUCGGGUGGGUAAUUGUCGGCUCCAACUUCUCGUAGCUGAUGACCCAGCUACGGUGGACGACAAGAUUGGCUAUACGGACAUUACGACUUCAAUCCUUCUCUCGAUGGGGGUGGGCUGGGGGAGGGCUGCGCCGAGCCCGACCGAGCCCCGUGCGUCCCUCGCCCCCGCCGCCCCCGCCCCCGCCCUCCCUGUCGGUCGCCUGGGGGCGGGGGGGCCCAUUUUCUUCGGCCCGCCUCCCUGGGUGGGUCCUUUUUUUUUCCAUGGAAUGCCCUAA